GUAGAUGAGAAAGCUAAGAAGAUAUUGAGAUAAAAAGAGAGCAGACCAUGUAGCUCUUUUGAUAUUUCUAUUUCAACACACACAUAACAACAGAUGGUUAGGUUUAUAUCCAAAGACUUUGAGAUGCUGCUAGAACAAACUAAAUCACACAUACGGCUAGAUGUUUCUCAGCCGCUAAGCACUUCAAGUAAGGUCAAAGAACUGUAUAAUACAAAACUCUAAGACCAUAAUAAUUAACUAUGAAGUAAAGCAACAAGAUUCUAACAAGAUUAGGGAGGAAUCGCGGACUGGAAGUCAGACUUGAUUCUUUGUUCUUCGUUCGUCUUCUUCCAAAAUUGAAGGUUUGUCAGCAUCUUCUUCUAUGGUUCUUCAUUUUCCUUGGUAUAAUUGCUUUCAGCUGUGUUGCAAUCUUAGAACUGGACGAUCCGAAGAGAGGCAUUAAGAAAUGGCAGAGCAAAACAAGGUGAUCCUAUACGGAACGUGGACUAGCCCCUAUGUUAAGAGGGUGGAAUUGGUCCUCAAAGUGAAGGGUAUACCCUAUGAGUAUGUGGAAGAAGAUCUGAGGAACAAAAGUCCAAUGCUCCUCAAGUUGAAUCCUAUUCAUAAGAAGGUUCCUGUGCUUGUCCACAAUGGGAAAGCCAUUACUGAGUCUCUUGUGAUCAUUGAAUAUAUUGAUGAAACCUGGAAAACUGGCCCUCGACUUCUACCACAAGAUCCAUACAAACGAUCCCAAAUUCGCUUCUGGGCUAGCUAUGUACAGCAGGUGUCUGAGCCCAUGGUAAUGGUGCUCAAAACCAUUGGAGAAGCACAAGAGAAAGCCAUCAAGGAAGUGUCUGAGAAGGUAAAAGUACUUGAAGCUGGGCUCAAGGGUCUGUUCCCAGAUGGCAUUCCUUCAGUAGAUGAGUACAGCAAAAAUGUUACACUACUAGAUUUGGUUAUUCUCGCAGACUUGGGCGGCGGAUAUGAAGUUCAGGAAGAAGUCUUUGGCGUAAAGAUUAUCGACUCUGAGAAGACUCCACUCAUUGUAUCCUGCAUAACAGCUUUGAUUGAGCUCCCUGCGGUGAAAGAGUCGCAGAUGCCUCGUGAAAAGGUUGUGGCCUUCCUCAAGUUCUUUAGAGAAAAUGCCCUCAAUUCUGCUUCAGCUUGAUCCAUUUGGUUUCAUUGACCAUGUACUAUUGUGAUUCAGUUUGCUUCUCAUUGUCAACUUCAUGUUUGUGUGCAAUAACCCUACUACUUGGGGCUUUGGUAACCAAUGUGUUACCUAGAUUUGUAUCCUAUAAUAGAGUAAAACUCCUUGUACCACACUUAUUCCUUAAAUUUCUCACGAAGUUGAUAAUCUAGUGGAGAUCUUGUACAACAUAGGUCUUCAACUUUUAUAUAUCAUUCAGGUGGUGAAAG